AUGUCAGCUGGAUCGGGUUACGGGGCGUUCGACAACGCUAGCGGGUAUGGAGCAUUUGCAGCUCCGCCAGCAAUGUCUCCACGAUCGGGCUAUGGAGCUUUCGACAAUGCUAGCGGAUACGGUGCAUUUGCCGCUCCUCCUGCAGGCAUGUCACCUCGGUCUGGCUAUGAUGCGUUUGACAACGCUAGCGGAUAUGGAGCGUUUGCUGCACCCCCAACGCAAGGAGGAAUGUCACCACGGUCAGGAUACGGAGAAUUUGACGAUGCCAGUGGGUAUGGAGCGUUUGCUGAACCUCCUGGGGGAUUGUCACCUCGCUCUGGAUACGGCAAAUUUGACGAUGCAAGUGGCUAUGGCAAUUUCGCGGCACCCCCCGAUCCCCACCAGCGACCUACGAAUCCAAGGAACAAGAUAAAAGGUGUUGAUCCGGUUCUUCAGGCAAAAUAUCACCAGGCUAUCAUGCGCAUCGGCGGAGACCAAGCAGCUCUUCGACUAUGGACUACAGCCGCACAUACUGUAUGGCAAAGAUACAUUAAGCGCACGGAUCUCCUGCAAGCUGUGAAGAGAAGUUUUGAAAAGCACGAGCGCAGGAAUCACGGAUUCAUGACCAAGAUACAGCUGAAGGAAGCGCUUCGAGACCUCGCCUGUGUCUUCACCGAUGAUCAGGUAAGAAUUACGAGCACAAAGAUUGGAACCUGGUAA